AGGUCAUUAAGGUCAAUCGUGUCAUUUGGAAACAACAACCAGUACCAAUUUGUCCUUCGAGGAGAAAGUAACUUGUACAAAAUGGGGAUGAAAUGGGGAGCCUUAGCUAGAAUGCGUGGUGUCUAUCAGUACAGUCUAUCACCUUUGGAACAGAAAGCUUUUGCUGGAUUUAUAUCUGCUGGUAUACCAAGAACAUUUGAUAGAAUACUCAGAAAAAGUUGGGCGAUUUCAAUUCCAUUAGCAAUUUACCUUACAAUCGAUUUGAUUGAGAUGCAGAGAGAUGCAAUGUCACGAAAGAGCUAUAAGAAAUAGGUGAAGGACAAAAUAUAUUAGAUAGAUAUGAAACAAGAAACAAGAACUGAGUAAAACAAUGAAGACAAGAAAGUGAAAACUGAUUUAUUUAUGCUAAUGUACAUUUAACACAUCUCUUGUGUGAGAUGAUAUAAUAAAAAUAAUCUAAAUUUUGUUAUAUUACUGAAACUGAAAUAAAGUGUAAAAAAGUUGAAUUUCAGCAAUAUUCCAUUAAAUGCUUCUAAUUUUAACCCAAUCCUAGGUGGAAAGGGUUUUAAAUGGCAUUUGAAUGGGAACACUCGUCAUGUUAACAUGUAGAGUAUUUGUUGCUACAAUGUGCUAAAGGUUGGAGUCCCAACCUCAUAGAUAGUAGAGCUUUUCUACUCUUCAGCAUCUUCACAAUUUCAAGUGAUUACGUCUUAUAAGACACAGUUUUCAAAUAGCUUGACAUUGUGAAGAUGACUGCUGAUACAUUGUAAGCAUAUAAAUUCCAUAGAAAUGGGGGUCAACUAAACAGUAUAGGGUAAGUAAGCGAAAUUAACAAGUAUAAAAUAUGAGGAAACUUAUACCUUUCUAAUGUACACAUCAUAUGUCCAAAAUGGUAUUCAAUAGCUAUUGUAAAUUAUUCAAGAUGUAACUUGUGGAGUGAGCACAGAUGAGUGUGAAAACUACACCCACACUAAGAUUGAAACAUAUCUAAAUGACACCAAUAAUAACAAUUGUUACAUAAUUACCAUUUAUUGUCAUAUUUAUACAAAAAAAUAACAAA